UUAAUAAUGCCAGCAGCUAGCAAAUCAGUAAUCCAGUUCGAUGCUUGGGUACCCAUGCCGCCACAGUUGCGCCCGUGUCGUGCUACUUACAAGACGUCUUUAACGCAGUGUUCUCUCAGAUUUCUUACACAAACAAAUCAAAACAAUUAACAAAACAAAAAUGGUUUCUGCUGUAAAAUCAUUGUUGGCUAUUGCCGUUAUCGCCAGUGUUGCAUGUUCAGCCUUUGCCGUGCGAUGCUACAUCUGCGACUCGAUCACCAAUCCCAAGUGCGGUCAGAAUUUCGAGGCCAGCGAUGACAUGAAAUACGAUUGCGCACGCAUAUCGCCGCCGCGCUUCCUGCCGAACUUCGUCAACGCGAUCAAUGCCACCGGCUGCAUGAGGAAGGUGCUCGACAUUACCGGAGAUCCCCAGGUCAUCCGUGGCUGCUUCUAUGGUGAUGUUUCGAAUACGCAAUCCGGCUGCCAGGCCGAUCCCUCUUUGCCAUUCGUGAAGCAGUUGGCGUGCGAUAUUUGCACCGAAAAUCUCUGCAAUGGCUCCAACGCCACAGCCCCAUAGCCGUCGCCAUUGUACUUUUCUUCGCAUUGGCACGUAUGCUGUCCUAAGUUGUUGGGUCGCCACUGUAAUCUGCGCUGUUUGACAAAAUACCAUACAAAAUUUAGUAUAAGACCUUAACUUCUCUAGCAAACAGCGUUCUAAAUCUCGAUACUGUAUUCUUAGUGUAGUGUACUCGUAGCUUUGUGCAUUUUAUUUGAUCUAUUUACAAUCAUUCGGCGAUGGAUUGCGCCCGGAAUAUGCGAUUAUAUGAAAACACACGCAACAAGUGUGUAUAUUUAAGUGCUCUUGUAUGUUUUUAAUUUUAUUAAAUAAAAUAUGUGUAAAUUGUAA